GACAGGACAGGACAGGCCGCUCAGAGGAAGGAUACCUUGAGGACGGACGGCUCGCUGUAGGACGCUGAGGGUGACUUCCAGGAGGUGUUCAUGGGAUGCACUAUCUACGCAGCCAGCCCUAAGGCCCUGCCCGCCGACGAGGCCCCCGGCCAGGACAGAUACUACCAGCUCCCCCAGUACCGCCACCCUCAUGGUAACUGCAGUCAGAGGAUAGCAGCCAGCAGAGCCAGGGCCAGGAGCAUGACUGAGCAGCAGGAGCAGAGCGAAGAAACAGGCCUGCUCGCAACACAGGACCUGGACCACUCCAAGGACGACGACACACACGGCCACUUCAGGUUUCAUCUGAUUGAAGACCUGUCCUAUGAGGAUGUGAAGAAAUGUUACCGAGGCUCGACUGUCAGCAAGUACAACUCGCAGUACCACAAACUGUUCCAGUGUGUGCCCAAGGAUGAGAUCCUCAUGAAAGUGUACUCCUGUGCUCUCCUCAGAGACAUCCUUCUACAAGGCCGGCUCUACAUUUCCAGAAACUGGCUAUGUUUCUAUGCCAACCUCUUCGGCAAGGACAUAAAGGUGGCGAUCCCUGUCGUUUCUGUGAGGCUGGUGAAGAAGCACAAAACAGCAGGCCUUGUGCCCAAUGGCUUGGCUAUCACCACAGACACCGGCCAGAAGUAUGUAUUUGUAUCUCUGCUAUCAAGAGACAGUGUGUAUGACGUCCUCCGCAGGAUCUGCACACACCUACAGGUCAAUGGGAAGAGUCUGAGCUUGAAGCAGUUCAUGGAGGAGCCGACCUUAUCGCUGGACGAGUUCCCCGUUCCAGACGAGUUCCCGGUGGUCGACGAAUUCCCCUCAGUGUUAAAGUGGAGGAGGAAACCCUCGGUGGUGUCUGUGUCGUCCUCCCUUCCCGACCUCCUGGGCAACUCCACCAGCAGCCUGAGCGCCGCAGACACGCCCUUCAAAUCAGAGCAGCCGCUGGAAGAGCGAGCUCUGCAAACAGACAGAGGUCUUUUAUCAGAGCCACUGGCGGAGCUGGGCCAGAUGGAGUACCAGCUGCUCAAGUUCUUCACCCUGCUUAUUAUUCUCCUCAUCCUGUCGUCGUGCUACCUGGCCUUUCGUGUGUGCAGUCUGGAGCAGCAGCUGUCCUUCCUCAGUAACCCAAAUCUGCCCCUGAGAGAGAGGUAACCACUGCUCUCCGCUGUGAGCCGUCAGACUGGCGGCUGGUUCCUCUUCUCAUCCUUGGAGUUGAUGCCCUCCUCCAGAGAUUUAGGACCUUCUUUAGAGCCCAGAAAAGAUCAAGAAACCCCUGCGCCAGCCGGAAGACAGGCAGGAGCAACAUCAGCCCGAGUCCAGGCAUCUUCCCCUCAGCGGAAUGACUUCCUAUUUAGUGAUCACUUCCAGACUAUGCAAACAGAUUUUUUAUUUAUAAAAUGAAAGUAGGUUUUACUGUUCAGGGCUCCACACUAACUUCAGACAUUGGUUGCACUGGUGUGCCGAACUAUUUCACCUGAAAUUUGUCACCGAGCCUUCUAGCACUGCAAUAAUACAUUUCAAGCAUCAUCUUUUGCGUCAGUUCCCACGCACAUUAGUCAUUUCUCAACACAUUAUGUAAAGGAUUGUAAACACAGGCGAUGUUGGGUCAGGAUGAAGCAUCUUUCUGGGGACAGGCGGUGGAGCAGUGGCUACUGCGGAUGAUGUCAAACCUGUGCAGUGCCUUUUAGGGCCAGUAAAUGGACCUGCACUUGUAUAGCGCCUCUCUAGUCUUCUGACCACUCGAGGCGCUUUUACACUACUGAUUCACAUUCACCCAUUCACACACAGUCACACACUGGUGGCCGAGGCUACCAAACAUGAUGCCACCUGCUACUCAGUAUUCAGUAUCCCAUUCUAACACACUGAUGGAACAGCCAUUGGGAGCAAUUUGGGGUUCAGUAUCUUGCCCAAGGAUACUUCAACGCGGACUGGAGGAGCCAUGAAUCUAACCGCUCAUCUUCCGAUUGGUGGAUGACCCACUCUAUGUCUGAGCCGCCAGUAACAGGUGUAAGAGGAACCGCAGCAUUUUGCUUGCCGAAAAACAAUCAAUAGUUCUCUCUCUCUCUUGAACUGAAGUAUGUUUUAGAUCAUGAUGCUACUCGAGGAAGAGUACAGGAUGCGGUUUCAUAUGUACACACUUGGUUUUAAUCCCAGGAAACAGGAUUCCCAGGAAUCCACAUCCAACCAUACAGGGAAAUAUAAUACAGGAAGCCACAUAAGACAUUGUUACAUUACAGAUGUGAACCAAAUAGGCUGAUAUGUAGAAUAUAUAUGAAUAUAUAUAUCCCUUGAUUCCGUUAUUAGAUACCUAUGUGCGUAGUAUUUAAGUAGGUGUAGUAUGUCCCCCAAUGUGGAUGCAAUAGCCGGAGUUGGAAGUGGGUACACAUGCCUUAUUUUUUGUCCCCAUCCGAAUUCAGCAAAUAAGAAUAUCAGGGUCAGAGCCAAUCAGAGGCCCACACACACACACAGCUGCUAAAUGUCAGGUGCACCAGUGCGACCAAUGAAAAUGUUCAGUUUCACUUGACAGUUUUCUGGUGACAUUUGUAGAUGGUUUGUUAUGAUGGUCGACCAUGAACUCUUCCUGUCACAGACGUUUCAUGACUCUGCGGUAUAAACCUCUGCACUCUCAGAUAGCGAGCAGAACGCUGCUGAAGCUGCUGUUUGUGACACUGGUGAAUUUUAGGAGAGGUGAGGUUGGUGUUGGAGGAUGGACAGGUAAGAGAUGAUUCAUCACACCUAUAACUUGACAGUUGAGAUAUUUCAGGUGAGUUACUGUGUUAAUAUACAACAUGUUCUGACUGACAGCCCUCAGUAGGAUGGCUACAACAAGCUACGACGAUGCACUUUUUAAAAUACGUCCACAUUAUUUCAAAUGUAUGCAACUGUUUUAAGAGUUUAGAUCUAUUUUUGCUUGAUACUAGGUACUCAGUGUCAAUUUUGAGGGUGUGUAUGGAAGGAAGUGGUGUUGUGACGACAAACACUUGACUAAAUGAAGUUACCAAUCAGUUGACUGUAAUAUACUGGAGAGAUAACGCCACCUGUGGGUGUUAGCUGUAAUGUGAAUGAGAUGGUUUGGUGACAUGCAUAACUUCUGUUUUUAGUUGUACUCAUCUGCUGUGUGAAAGGAGUUACCAGGGUGUUUUAUUUCUUUUAUACAUUUCAACUGAAGUCACCAAAGACUUAAAAAUGACACAGUGAGGUUUUGAAUGUUCAUGUGAUUUUAUCUUUGAAGAUAUUUAAUGAAAUGUGCAGACAUGGGUGGAAUGUAGCCCUAGACUAGUUUGUGAAAUCCCUACAAAUUAAAUUGGCAACAAAAUGGAGAUAAACAAAGAAAUGUUUGCGGCUUUUAAUUUAUUUUUUGGUCAUUUUGGGCGCCAAGACUACCCAACCCUCGAUCCUGUCAGACUUUAUACAGGACCACCAUGAAAAGACUUGAUUCUUGACAGCACAGCAAAUUUCAGUAACCUCUACAACUCACCCUAAAUUAUGAAGCUGGAACAUAAUGUUGGCAGACGCACUUAAUUCUUAAUACUUUACAUAUGGAGCAUUGGCUGAAUACCAGUGGCUUUGGUUUUCUUCCACAUGUUUCAGCUUAAAUCUAAUAACUUGUCUGUGUAUUCAUGGGUUAAAAAUGUGUAUUUUCUAUAAUGUCAGCUGUUCAGAAGCUACAACAACCAACCUUAACUUUAGUCAAGAAAUCCAUGAACACAUAUUAAUGUUUGAUAUUAUCUAAUGGGGUUUAAAAAGGGUUCAGAAAAAGAAAAUAUUCAGUUCAGAGAGAUUUUGACAGUUUAUGAAACACAGAUUAUGGAUUUAUUUUCAUUUUCAGUCCCUUUGCCUCACAAAUCUGACUUUAAAAGGACAUCUGCAGCCCAGAUUGAUUAAAUAAUGAUUAACAGAGUCCACAUGUACAACAUGAUCACACUGCUGUGCUUUUAAACAGAGCGACACUUAAAGCACAGCAAGCAAAUACGUAAGAGAUACAGCUGGAAAUAUCCUUAACUCCUUAAAGGUCUAGUGUGUUGGAUUGCUCCCAGGUUGCAGAACUUAGAGCCAGUGUUUGGUUUGUCCAUUCUGGGCUACUGUAAAAACAACAUGGUGGUCUCUGUGGAGGAGGACCAGGCCCUCAGGAGGAGUGCCAGGCUUUGAAGCCAUUUUUUAUAGUGGCCAACAACCGAAUUACAACUUUAGCGUCCAUCAUGUGAAGCCAUUGGGCCCAACAAGACCUUUUUCCAUUGACUUGCAUGGUGAAAAAAACAUCUGUAAAUCAGUGAAGAAUUUUUUUGGGGCGUCACAACCCCCACAAAAUGAUUUUUUUGACUGUCCGUAUUUGAACCAUUCAGACCGAUAACAUUUGGAAAGUCUAUAAGACCCGCAGGAUUUAAUCAUUUUUAAGUUAGCGGAGAGCUACACCAGAGGUUAGCCAGUCGGCCGGUGGGAGUCUCUAGCCUGCUCUAUGGGCCCAGCGAUAUGGAAAAUCCAGGUCAUUCUAGACCCAGGAAGUUGAACUUUCUUGGCUUCAUCUGUCAGUGAGCAAAAUUCAUAGGUAGUUAGAGCUGCAGCUUAGUCACGUCAUCCACCAUACCAACCUGUCAGUCCAUGAUGAGCUGCCUUUCGCUCCUGGGAUUGGGAGCGGAAGCCCCGAUGUAAAUGCUGGGUUAGCGAUAGGCUAGCUAUGAAGUAUUAGGUUAAAAGAGAGGUGGUUAUGGUAACGGUAAUGCUAAGGGUUACAUCUCAGUACCUAUAAUGUGAAUCAGGUCUUCAUGUAUAAUGAAUUCUAAAGUGGAUUCAUUAAAUUAAAAUUGGUGGGUUUGUCUUGUACUAGUGGUAGGCGUGGCUUGUAGGGGCAUGUCAUGUACGCUACACAUGAAAUGUGUCUGCAGCUUUGUCUCAUGUCUCGCUCUGUAUAUACACAUACACAGCUCAUUCUAAGGUAACAAAAACACAACAGUUCUUAUUUAUCGGGUGAUUAUAAAUAUUAUAUUCCAUUUCUGCCAGUAGAUAACCCUUAAAUCCUUAACACUGGACUUUAAAGCUUAAAAGUGAAUUAUCUCCCUCCACACUGACAGUAUAUUUACUCUGGAUCAGAACCUUAUUACAGCUGUGUGAUAUUUACACUGAGUAAACAUUCAAACCCCAAGACUCGUUUUUAUGGCUGCAGCACUUCAUCAGUGAGAGAGAAACUGUAGAUCUCUUUUGUAUCAUUCAUUCAUCUCCGUAACUGCUUCAUCCUCUUGAGGGCCGCAGGGGGGCUGGAGCCUAUCCCAGCUGACACUGGGCGAGAGGCAGGGUACACCCUGGACAGGUCACCAGACUAUCGCAGGGCUGACACAUAGAGACAGACAACCAUUCACACUCACAUUCACACCUACGGACAAUUUAGAGUCACCAAUUAACCUGCAUGUCUUUGGACUGUGGGAGGAAGCUGGAGUACCCAGAGAAAACCCACACUGACACGGGGAGAACAUGCAGACUCCACACAGAAGGGCUCCCGCUUGAACCAGGAACCCUCUUGCUGUAAGGCGAGUGCUAACCACUACACCACUGUUCUGUAUCAGUUGAUGGAAGUUUUACACCAAAUUAGCCCGACAUAUUUGGAAACUUUAUUACCGCUACAACUUCAAAUUAAGUUCUGAUUAAAGGCAGAUAGUCGUGUUGCACAGUCCUGUGUAGGUAGCAUGGGCCAGGGUUUUCUUUAUAUUCUUAUUAUAUUCUUCGUAUACUCCAUUGCAUUGGGUAGCCAUUAGCUACUUUAAAGGUGGGCCACCUGAAUACCAUGAUGACCCAAAUGAUUGACAGGUGGCCUAGUUCCCGCAAAGAAAAGGAGGGUGGGGGCAGAGAGGGAGACACCUGGUUCACAGGGUCACAGUCCGAGGAGUAUGCGAGGAAUCCAGCACGACCGACCCCGAACAAACCUGCUGACAAUCAAAGCCUGAAGUGACGAGAAUGCUCUGACUUUAAAGACCUAAUCUUAAUAUUUAACCUUAAACUACACUUGAGUUAGAUUCUCUUUUUCUGUUAUACAUGUUGUUUUAAAUCAUUUUGUAUUUUUUAAAACAGAGGGGGGACCUGCUGCCAGAACCUAAAAAUAAUAUUGUUAAUAUUCUUCAGUCAGCAUGUUAUUUAGGGUAAUGUUCUGGAAGAUGAUCAUUUCUAAAUAUGGUAUGAAUUGUAACUGUAUCUGACAUUUGGAUUAUUGUCGAGUGUUUUUGUAUUUAACAAGAAAUUGGAAGGUUUCCUUUCAUAUUUUUCCUGAGACACACUGAGUGUUUAAAAAGCUGAAUAAAAGUAAAACAUUUUCUAUGUUUAAGGUAAAGUAAGAAGAAAAUAAAGUAGUUAUAAAGGCUCCGAGCCUCACUGUGAGAACUGCUGGAUGUACGGCCAUUAGAAAACCAAGAAAUCCCCAAACCAGUGUUUGAAGAGGCGUACUGGAAUGUGAACAUGGCUUUUAUAAAUGACUGACAAAAUAUACAGUAUGUGAGAGUAAUCAUGCAGAACUCCUCUUAAAUAUCAAAAUGGAGAGAUGACGUAACAGAAGGAAUGAUAAGUGGUAUAAAGUGGAUAUGAAACUGUUUAGGAUUUGGUUCAUUACAUUACAGUAUUCUGCCUUCAUCCUACAAAGAUAGUGCUUACUUGCUCACUUUAACACAAAGGAAACUACAUGUAAGAUUUCCCCCAUGAGUGCACUGAUACUGAAGUCCAUUAUUCUAAUGGAGAUUUUAUCUCUGGAUCAAGACUUUAGAUUUGUUAUGAGGAGGACAGAUUUAAAACCAUUUACAAAUACAAAAUACAGCUGAAAUAUGUACUACGUGCGACUGUUGAUACAUCACAGCUGUUAGCUCUGAACAGCAGAAUUGUAUCAUCUUAAAUGGGCAGAUAAAACUCUAUUUUUACCAUUGGGUCAGAUGUCAAAGAAUCAAGAGUCACAAAGACUCGAUAAAUGCUUCUUUGAUAACAUCUUUAAUUUGUGGCUCUUAUUCUGUCCAUUUUUAUUUUGCUAGAUUGUACAUGUUAGCAGAUGUGUUACAUAAGUAUGCAUGACCAGGUGGAAUAACUAAUACCUUUACUAACAUAUUUAUAUAUGUAUUAAUUCA